GAAAGAGAGGAGAGACAAAUAAAAUAGGUUCUCUCUCUAUUCGUAUAUAUGUGUAUAAGGACUAGUACAAGAACAUUAUUACAUGAGUCUCACCCUCUUUCUCUCACUGAUCACAAAUAGUUCUGAUCUGAGCCUAAAUGGAUCCUUUAUCAACUCCCAAAAACACUUCCAAAGAUGAUGAUUAUGAAUGUGACUGCACUUUCUCACAUCAUCAUCAUCAUCGUGGUAUGAAAAAUCCAUCUUAUUCUUCUACUACUUCUCGCCGAACUCCAUCUUUCUCCUCCUUCUCAUCAAUGUCAUCACACUCUUCCUCCUCUCAUGGCUCAGCUUCAUUCUACAUUCCUGAUCAUCACCAUGACUCUCCUCUCAGUCCAGCCACGCCGUUUCGCUUUUCUGGGGUCCCAUUUUCUUGGGAACAUUUUCCCGGGAUCCCCAAAAAGCAACAUUCCAAGAAAAUCAAGUCUAAGCGCGAAGAUCGGCCUUCUAUUCUUCUUCUUCCUCUGCCGCCUACAACCACGACCACGACCACGACCAGCACCACCCCCAAGAAAAUGAUCAAGAAGAGUAGUACUAGUACUGUUAAUUCUAAGCAGCCCUUGAAAUGGGAUCCAUUUAUUGCUGCCUUAGUUGAGUGUUCCAAAGACGACGACGAUCACCACCAUGAUCAUGACCAUGACCAUGACCAUGACCAUGAUCAUCAACCAAACUUUUGGAAUAUUGCUACUGCAAAAGUAUCAAAAAGCUUAAGUGACAGGUUCGGUUUGAUUAAUCUUUACAAUACAUCUUGUAAGUCUACUUGUGUUGUAGCUGAAUCAAUCAGACAUCUUCCAAGGUCAACCAGAGGCAGCUCUUACGAUCAUCUAAUCAACAGUCGUCCCCGUAAUUAAAGUUUACUAUCAAAUCUAUAUUUAUCUAAAUAUAUAUACCUGCGAUUUCAAGUCCCAUAUAUCUUAUGUUUCUGUACUAAUUGCUAAUUGUUAAAGGUACAUUUUAUAUUUGGCUUUUGCUACGUCGUUUUUUUAGUAUGAUAAGUUUUUUUUUUUUUUUCCUUUCUUUCUAAUUUCUUGAUCUUAAAUAUGAGCUGCGUAUUUGGGUACAGAUCUUUCCCAAUAUCUAGCUUUACUGUGUUUAAUUAGCUAUUUAGAGAAACGAUCUCUACAUUACACGGACAGGGUACUGUAUAUAAUUUUUUGGUUGUACAUAAAUAAAUUAUAUAUAUACGUAUCCGUAUA